AAUUUUGUAUCAAGAAAACAAAAUAGAAAAAGAAGGGAAGAUAUGAAGAUUGAUGAGGAAGAUAUUGGUGUUGGUUUAGAUCGAGAAGAUGCAUUCCAAACAGACGAUGAAGAAAACCGAGCCGAAAGGGUAUGUGGUCACGCUGAGGAUGACACAGAAUCUGAUUUCACCUUCCCAUCCCGAAAUUCGUCAAACAAUUUCAUUGGAGCUAACAAUUCAAAUUGGCCUCAAAGUUACAGGGAAUCAAUGGAUAUGCUCAAAGGUGCUACGCCUCAAUCCCUUAGUUUCCUAAAGAUAAGUGGUGUAACAGGAUCGGUGGGCAGCACCAGCUCCACUUGCAAAUAUCCAAGUCUCAAUGAUGAGUUUUCUUCCCUCGGUAAUCCGCUCGUUUUCGAGGCGGUUUUGGAUGAAGAAGCUCAUACCCCUAAUCUCAUAGCCUCUCAGCAAAGUAUAUCUAUCAAUGGAUCAAUACCACCAUUAGAGAAUCAGUGUUCAUUUAUCCAAGCACUUAUUAAUGGAAUCAAUGUUCUGUCCGGCAUAGGACUCCUUACAACUCCUUAUGCAGUCAAAGAAGGAGGGUGGCUUAGCCUCACAUUACUCGUAAUAUUCGGUAUCGUUGCCUGCUAUACAGGGGUUUUAUUAAAGAGAUGUUUAGAAAGCUCUCCUGGUCUGCAAACUUAUCCUGAUAUUGGCCAGGCUGCUUUCGGUGUAGCCGGUCGCUUAAUGAUAUCCGUGAUCUUGUAUGCAGAAUUAUAUGCGGCAUGUGUGGAGUAUGUGAUAAUGAUGAGUGAUAACCUGUCGACGAUUUUCCCGAACACCGGCAUGCAUUUUGCAGGAAUAUAUCUCGAUGCUCCUCAAGUAUUUGCAAUCAUAGGAACUCUUUUUAUUCUCCCAACUGUUUGGCUUCGAGACCUUAGCUUGCUUUCGUACCUUUCAGUUGGUGGAGUUGGAGCAUCAAUUUUAAUGGUGCUUUGCUUGUUAUGGAUCGGAGUUGAUCAUGCCGGGUUUCAUCAAGGUGGAACCUCCCUUAACCUCUCAAAUCUUCCCAUCUCAGUUGGUAUAUAUAGUUUCUGCUAUGCUGGCCAUUCAGUUUUCCCAAAUAUAUAUUCUUCCAUGAGAGAGCCCUCACAAUUUCCUUUUGUUCUUAUAGGCAGCUUUACGUUUUGUUGGAUCCUUAGCACAGGGAUAGCAAUCUCUGGCUUUCUGAUAUUCGGUGACUCCGUUGAAUCUCAGUUUACAUUGAACAUGCCCACAAAUUUUUUGGCUUCGAAAGUCGCAAUCUGCACUGUGGUUAUCAUAACGAUAUCGAAGUAUGCCUUGACGCUUACUCCCAUUGCAUUGAGUCUCGAAGAACUCAUAUCUUCGACGUGGUUUAGAUCUUAUGGUGUUUCAAUACUCAUCAGAACAGCUUUAGUGAUUUCAACUUUAAUCGUCGCGAUGAAAGUUCCUUUUUUCGCUUUUGUGAUGGCAUUGGCAGGAUCUUUGUUGGCAAUGUUGAUAACGGUUGUGUUCCCGUGUGCCUGUUAUCUGAGCAUACUCGGCGAUCGGUUAUCCAAGUUACAAAUUACGGUGUGCAUUUGCAUUGGUGUUCUGGGUUUGAUAAUUGCUGGUCUGGGCACAUAUGCUUCGAUCAUAAGAAUAGCAGGCCAACUUGGAGAUAUUAUUGAUAAUACCCUUCUUGCCCAAGAACUGGUCAGAGAUUAUAAUAGGAAGAACAUUUCUCCUCGAUGCUCCCUCAAAAUUGAUCUUCACAAAGCCUUUGAUUCUUUACAUUGGGGAUUCAUUUCUGCCACUUUGAAAGCCAUUGGUCUUCCAAGCCUCUUUAUUAAUUGGAUUGAAUUAUGCUUCUCCACUGCUAGAUAUUCUAUUGCUUUCAAUGGGAGUUUAAUUGGCUAUUUCAAGGGAGCCAAGGGUAUUCGACAAAGAGAUCCACUGUCUCCUUUAUUAUUUGUUCUCUCUAUGAAUAUCCUUUCGAAUCUCUUAAAUCUGGCAGUUGGAAAAAAUCUUUUUGCUUAUCAUCCUAAGUGUAAAAGAAAUGGAAUUACUCAUCUAUCCUUUGCUGAUGAUCUCCUAAUCUUCUGCAAAGGGACAGUUGACUCUUUUCUUGGAGUAACAAGUGUUCUAGACAUGUUCUAUGAAAUGUCAGGACUAAAGUUAAAUGCCUCAAAGUGUGAAUUAUUUGCUGCAUUGAGGUACCUAGGCAUUCCUCUUGUGACAAGGAAAAUUUCUGACAAAGAUUGUGUGGUUCUCAUUGAAAAUAUUAAAGCCAAAUUACACCAAUGGUCUACUAAAACUCUUAGUUAUGUUGGACGAUUGGAACUAAAAAGAGUUGUCCUCUUUAGCAUCACCAACUAUUGGUGUAGGAAAUUAUUUUUGCCUCUCUCUGUCCUUAAGAAGGUCGAACAACUAUGCUCACGUUUUUUCUGGAAAGGAUCAGACAGAUCUGCUUUUGGAGCACGUGUAAGCUGGCAAAAUAUAUGUUGUCUUAAAUCGGAGGGAGGGCUCGGUAUUAAGGACCUAAAAACUUGGAACAGAGCAUGUAUGCUCUCUCUUAUCAAGAAAAUCCUUGCGGGUGAAGGCUCUCUUUGGGUGGCUUGGCUAAAAAGCUAUAUUCUUAAAGAAAACGAUUUCUGGAAUGCUGGAAUUCGCCCUUCUGUCAGCUGGAGUCUAAAGAAAAUCUUCAAACUAAGGCCUGAGGCGUUCUCCAUUCUGUCCCCUGGAGCUAAAUCAGUGAGAUGCAUUUGGGACUCUAUUUGGGUAAGACAUCCCCUGGUUACUUGGCAGAAACUUAUUUGGUUUCCUUUUCAUAUUCCAAAACAUAGUUUGAUCACUUGGAUGGCUUUCAUUGAUCGUCUUCCUACUAAAGCUAGACUACUUCGUAUGGGGCUUAUCAAUGAUAGCCACUGCAUGUUUUGUGAGAAUCCAUUGGAAAAUAGAGACCAUUUAUUCCUUCACUGUCCUAUGGUUGGUUUCUUAUGA